UGUGUGUGUGUGGGUGUGAUGGUUUUCAAUUUCUGAUACUGGCCGCCCGCUACCUACGAAACGUUCGGGGGCGAUGCGAGUUCGCCGCCUGAUUGUAUAAUGAUCUCUAACGCUCUACGGUCUGGGUUGUGUCUCUGCUUGUGUGUGUGUGUGUGUUUGUGGGCGCGUUUUUGGAUUCUCAAUUUAAAUUUUGCUAUCCUGCACUAGCCUGUGUAUAGUAUGUCUGUGCAUUUUUUGUUGUUUGUGCCGGACACCUAAUAGAUAACAGAAAACGAUCUCAAUUCCGGGUUUUUCUGUAUUGCCCGCUGCCCGUGGGCAGCCACGCAGAUCGAUCUAGAUUGGCCCCUAGAAGCGUGGGAGAAGCACUACAAGGAAAGCGGAAUUUCCGGCACCGAUUGCCGGAGGUUCGAUUUCAAUUAGGAUAAUUCCUGCUGCAGGGCACGUCCGCCGGUUAAUAUAGUGUGGCUGUGGCGUGGUGCGGUGGUUCUGUCCGCUAACUUACUGUUGGCAGCUACUUUGGCGCACAUCGUUACUUCCGGGGUUGGGGCGUUCUUUGCCUUUUGGUGCCGGGAAUCUGGGCGUAGUGUACAUAAAUUUUAAAAAUGCAUUAGCAAAAAGAUGGUAGAAAGUGAAUGGGACACACACACAGACACCGAGGAAAGUCAUCAUAUCGGGGUUCGGGUUUGUGGUCAUUUUCAUCUUUGUAACGAGAUUUUCCAGCUCGAGUAGCUUUAUAGCGAUGGCGUUCUUGCCUGGCCGGCAAACUAUUCAGUUCUUCUUUGGUUUCUGUUCUUAUUGGGUGACGCUGGGGUGAGUUUGUUUUUAUAUUUAUGAAAUUAAUUUUCAUCAAUGUUUUUCUUACUAGAACUAAUCGAGCCAUAGUGUCACUGUUGAUAGCCGACGAAUCCGACGAGCAAAAAGUAAAGAAAUUCACAACACUCGCUAGUGUGUCUAACGCGUUUAGCAAGCGGUGAUUAAAAUGAGUAACCAAUACAAAAAAACAUAACAUAAAACAAAUUACUUAGGAAAAUUCCGAGGGUAGAGAUCAACCAACGGGCCUCUGAAAAUAAUUUGAUAGUUAUGGAUGCUGAGCGCCCUUUCGCACAGAAGGAUUAUACGCAAUUCAUCCACGCGCUCGAAAAUGGUGCAGAUGUGAAUGGGCGAAUGCGCAACUCAAACUAUUCAAUUUUUGAGCUGGCCUGUAAAACUCCGGGAAGUGCCAAAUAUAUUGCGGCGUGUCUUAAGCGUGGUGCCCUUGCGACAGAGGAAAACCUUGAAACUAAGCUAUGCCCUAUCCAUCUGGCUGCGCAAUCCCACGAUUGCGAAAAUCUUUCCGAGCUGCUCAAUGCUUCAGGCAUUCUAGUGGAUCAAAUGUACGAGGAUCAAACCGCUUUGCAGAUGCUGUUUAAGGAAAUUGACAGUGAAAAUCAUACGAAAGUGUUCGAAUGCAUUAAACUGUUGUUGAAGCAUCAGGCCAACAUCAACGUGACCGAUUCGGAGAGUGUCUCACCAAUAGCGUUACUCUUAAUACCCGGCAAAGACGCUUGGCGGAAAGUCAUAUUAGAUUACUGUUUGACAAAUUACAACGUGUACGUCGACUUUCGUGAUGGACAGGCAAGAAAAGCAAUCGAGCAACAGUUUCCCGGCACGGUCAUUCCACCGGUAGCUGCAUGGAGCGUUAUGCUGGAUGUGUUGAGGGAUACAUUAAUGGCCGCCUCUGAGGAAGACUUUAUUGUGGCUUAUGAGCGCUACUGUGAACAAAACCAUGGUUCCAUGGUUGAUGAGAAAAAGUGUGCCGAAUUCCUGUCGAUCGCUUUGUAUCGAGAAAGGCAGAAAGCGGCCGAAAAACUCUUAGAAAGGCAAAUAGUUGCUGGGAAGUUUGUUGGCAAUCUUUCACUCCUUUCCGGCAUGCUGGCCAAGUGUUGCAAUCGAGGCAAUAUUACAAUGCUUGAAUGGUUGCUCAACAUCAUCCCAAACGAUGCGGUACGACACGUAAACGAAGAUCCGCUUCUAUCCCUGCUCGUGAAGCAAAUCGGCCGGGAGCAUAAAUCGUGCAAGGACAAAGGCAACUGUUCAUUCUUUCGCAGUAUGGUGAUUUUGCUGAACGAUCCACGCGUUGACGUGGACAAGGUCGAUCGACUGAAAUGUAGCGCGUUGCAUUAUGCCGCCAAGUACAAGAUCGAUCACGCGCAGGAGCUGCUGAUUGGCCGCGGUGCCUACAUCGGGGGUGAAGAUCUGAACGGCAAUUUGCUGAUGCGCGAGAUGCAGAAACAUCUCGACUCGUUCGUGACGAGCAACGACCGCUGGCCGGGUGAUGAAGACUUCGAGGUGCGCAUUAACUGUGCCAACUUUAUACCGCCGACACAGAAGCUGAACGGAAAGCGUAUGCUCCUCUACGAUGAGGACGAGAUGCGGCCGAUCGAACGGUUGGCAAACUGCUCAAAAAUCACGGCCCAACUGCUGUGGCAUCCGGCGAUCGCGAGCAUUUUGAUGCUCAAGUGGAUGCGGUUGAUUUCGUUCCUGUACAUCAAUUUACUGUUCGCCUGCAUGUUUGCCGUAUCGUUUUCAAUCUACAUAGUGUUCUACUAUGCACAGGAAUCAACGAAACUCAAACUGUGCCUUUACUUGCUUUCACUUUUCGGAUGGAUUUAUUUGACCGCAAGGGAGCUAGUACAGUUCUUCAUAAACACCCGCGUUUACGUCGACUCGAUGGAGAACGUUAUGGAGCUGGUCCUUAUCGUUGGAUCCGCCACGGUACUGUUCUUCAAUGAGUCUACCAACGAAUCAUGGUCCAUCGUGCUGGUCGGUGUGCUGCUGCUGCUUGGCAUCGAGCUAACGCUGCAAAUUGGAGCAAUACCGGUGAACUCCAUCUACACCAACAUGGUCAUGCUGAAGACGGUUACGAAAAACUUUGUCCAGUGUUUGGGCUUCUACUCGAUCAUACUGCUGUCGUUUACGUUUAGCUUUUACACGCUGUUUAGGCUGAGGGAAGGUACGCCACUGCCCGGGGCGGAUGAGAACGAGAACUCCACCACGGUGGAUGAAGUGCAUCAUUUCAAUAAUUUUCAUCAAGUGCCACUUGCACUGUUAAAAACUGCCGUAAUGUUUACUGGUGAGUUUGAAGCGGCAGACAUUAGGUUCAACAUAUCGUGGCCCAUGUACUUGCUGUUUCCACUGUUUGUAUUCUUUGUGACGAUCGUCAUAAACAAUCUGAUGAAUGGUCUGGCGGUCAGCAAUACCUCGGCCAUUCAAGCAGAUUCGGAGGUGGUUGGCAUCAUUGAGAUGGUGCACAUUAUAUGCAGACACGAAAAGUUCCUGAAAGUACUAAACUCAUUUACAUUGUUUCAAUCCCUCGGGCCUUUCGGAAAAUGGUUGUUUCCAAAUAUGCAGCUAUUUAACUACGAUGAGCCGUUGCAAGAGAUUCUCAUCAGGCCCGGAUGUUCGUACAUACUCGAGUGCAAAAAGCGACUGUCGGAACAGCGCACUGCCAGCAAUGUCGAAAAUGGUGUGCCUAAAAAUGAAACGUACAGUUCGAUCGAAUCGAUCCGAAAGUACAGUACAAAUAGUUUGUUUAACAGGGUGUUUAAGGGAAUGCUAGAUCAGAUAGUGAACCAGUCGAUGUGGACUGUACACUUGCGCCAGGAGAACGUGGGCUCGGUUGAGCAUCGCUUAGAGGGUGUGGAGCAGAACCUCGAAAUGAUACUAAACGAGCUAAGGAUGUUGAGAGAAACAUCAAAACCUCAAUAAAAUAGUUGUAAUAUAUUUUAAAAUACAAUCGCUGUGAAGCAGUAGUGAUGUAUAAUGAUUACGAAUAUUGCAGCAAUAUUGCUAAGAAUUGUGAUUAUAUCAAUGAUAUGAUGUAGAGUUUACGAAAUGUUUAAUAGUUUUUACAAAGUUCUUCCAAAAUAGCCUUCUUAAAGCAAUACAGAAAAAUAGCGAAAUUUAAAAGGGAUGCGACAACAUCAACAGUAUGCUUUGCACUAAUACGGCUCAAAGCGGAACUGCCAAGCUGCGAAGAAUCAUCAAGCGAGUUACACAAUACGUCUUCAAAGGUUAACUGUAAGCAAAAAGAGCAUCGUUUACUUCAGCGCGUAUCACAUCGAUACGCAAACAAAACGGGUUGGCAUUUAAAACAUUUCCGAAAACAGUGUCCUUCAUUUAAACCUCCCCGAAUAGAUGGUAAACGAUAGGAGAUUGAAUAAUGUUUUCACAAAAAGGAUCGUUGUGUCAUAUUACACCUUUUUUUCAAGCGUUGAUCCUUAUCCCGGAUUCCAAAAAUUGACCACAAUAUUCGGACAGAAUUGAAAGAUACCAGAAAUUCCAUUCUGCAAGCGAACAUAACCAGCCUACAGGGUCGGGCGCAUAACGUCUUGGAAUUACGCCUCAACCAUGAUGCAAUGAACGAUGAACGGGGACGUUUUUUGCUACGGUCGGGUAAAACGAGGCUGAUAAAAAUCCCCUGGAGCGUAUAGCGUUGUGUCGUCAUCACAUGUAUUUCUGUCUGACCGUAUCCAUACGCAAGCCGGAAGUGCAGCAUGCGCAAGAGUCUAUCAAAGAUGUUUAGCGUGGUGGAGGUCAAACCGGUCGCCAGCCAAAACGGGGAUUUUACUCUAUCAAUCUUUUCGUGGGCUUUUCGCUCGCCAAAUACAACGCAAAAAAUAAUCAAACGAGUAUAA